CAACAGCUUUAUAUUUUCUGCUAUUCAUGCAUUCCUAUGAUGUUUAAACAUUGUUACACUUAACUUUGUUCAGUUGCUGUUGGAACUAUUCUGUUUAUUGAAUUCCCUGUUCAACACAUAAUCUGUGGAAUAUAUUUUAACUUAUUACCUGACUAGAAAGAUAACUUGCAGCUGAUGAUAAAAUGUGAAGCCACCCUGGGCUGCUGUACAGGCAGCCUGUGAUUCCUCAAGUUGAACCCUGUCAGAGAUGGAGUGGCGCCCCACGGAGGGGUGCCAGCCCCUGGCACCAUUUGAUCACCAGGUGGCUGGUCAGUCGUCCAUGCUCAGAUAUGAUGCAACCACUGUCUGCAAGCCUCUGAUAGCCAGAGAACAUUUUGUCUACAAGACCUUGCCAAUGGAGCUCAAAGCUUUUACACCUGAGUUUAGAGGUGAGAUUGAGGUGAAGCUCUCUGAGAAAGAUGGCUACAUCCACCUGUACGGUGUGGCCAUGGAGGUGACCCCCACAGACACCACGUGCCCGUGUUCUUCUGACCCUGAGCCCACAGAAAACACAAACAGCCACGUCAACCAUAAGCCAAGUCUCUGCCACUCUGAGGAAGACAACAGAUGUGUUGUGCGUGUGCUGAGAAGUGGCAGCUAUGAAGUAUCAUCAACCGCCAACCAGGAGCUGUUCUACACCCAGGGGUCCAACCCCCAGCACCCUGUCACACAGAACUUGAACCCCUGGAGCCUGAAAAACCACAAGAGGCUGUUGGACAAGAUGCGCAAGUCAGAGCACAGCCACAAUAAAAUCAUGUUUUUGUUGCUGAAAAAUGUUGUAGCAGACUUCAGGCACCCUUGCAUCCUUGACCUUAAAAUUGGGUCACGUCUCCACGGCGAUGAUGCAUCCAAAACAAAAGUGGAGAGCCAGACAAGAAAGUGUAGCCAGACAACAUCAAGCACCCUGGGCUUGAGGCUCUGUGGCAUGCAGGUGUACAAUGCUGUGACUGGGGUGUAUCACAGCGUAGACAAGUACCACGGCAGGAACCUGAACGACCAAUCUUUCAGUGACACCCUGUACAGCUUCCUCCACAACGGCCUCCACUUCCGCACUGAGCUCGUCCAGCCCAUAGUCAGCAAGUUGUCCCAGCUCAUCCUCUGCCUCAAAGGUCUGCAUUCCUUCAGGUUUUAUGCUAGUUCUCUGUUAAUCAUCUACGACGGUGAGGAAUUUGUUGGUCGUGGACCUUCUAGUCCUGGUGUGACAGCAGAAUCAUCUUGCCAACCUAUGCAGCGUGAUUUAUGUUCAGAUCAUGUUCACGAUUCAUCUGCACCUGAUCUGGGCGUAGGGUCUGGGGUCAUCUCGGUUCAUGGAGCCAACCCUUCACAGCAUUCACAAAGCAUUUUAGUGGACCACAGUGCUCAAACAACAAUGCCAGAUGUACCACUAGUGUUGACCAGUGGUCAUUUGUCAGAUGCCAGCCCACUACAUUCCACAGAGACAGCGCCUCAAUGUAAUGACCACUUAAAUUUGGUCAGUAAAACUGACCCUUAUUCUGAUGACUAUGUCAACAAAACUGCCCCACAUACUAAUGACCAGCUUAACAAAACUGACCCACACAGUAAUGACCAGUUUAACAAAACUGACCCACAUGGUAAUGACCAGUUUAAAAAUGACCCACAUGGUAAUGACCAGCUCAACAAAUCUGACCCAAACUUUAACAUUUACAACUGCUCAGACAAGAUUGAACAGGAAAAUACUUCCAUCUUCAGUUCUUAUAUCAUACAACAGCUUGUUUCAAAAGAACAGGACAAAGAAGGACUUAAUCUACAGGACAAAGAAGGACUUCUACAACAGGUAUUAGCCGAUAGUGAGAAGUUGGCCAACUCAUGUAAGACUGAAAUCAAUGAGACAAUCCCUAACAAGCCAAAAACCAGUUGCCAAAUACAUGAAGAAAACUCUAGUGUGUUGACAUCAGAUCCAGCUCCCCUUUGUUCAGUACAUGAGCCAGGUGACAGCAAAUCUCCAGACCCAAGUACUGAGUGUAGUCAGGCUCUUGUCUCUGGUGGAACCAACUCUCUCCAGCCAGUCUCUGGUGGAACCAACUCUCUCCAGCCUGGUGGAACCAAUGCUCUCCAGCUAGUCUCUGGUGGAACCAACUCUCUCCAGCUAGUCUCUGGUGGAACCAACUCUCUCCAGCCAGUCUCUGGUGGAACCAGCUCUCUCCAGCCAGUCUCUGGUGGAACCAACUCUCUCCAGCCAGUCUCUGGUGGAACCAACUCUCUCCAGCCAGUCUCUGGUGGAACCAACUCUCUCCAGCCAGUCUCUGGUGGAACCAACUCUCUCCAGCCAGUCUCUGGUGGAACCAACUCUCUCCAGCUAGUCUCUGGUGGAACCAACUCUCUCCAGCCAGUCUCUGGUGGAACCAACUCUCUCCAGCUAGUCUCUGGUGGAACCAACUCUCUCCAGCCUAAUGGAACCAACUCUCUGCUGCCAAACUCUCUCCCGCCAGUCUCCGGUGGAACCAACUCUCUCCAGGCAGCCACCCCUGCUAUUCACAGCCAUUACCCAGGCUUGACAGAGAGAGUUGUUCCACACUUGGAUGGUAAGCCAGUCUCUAGUGAGAUGGAAGGAAGUGAGCGGCCAUUGGGGAUGAAAGCAAGCGCCAACCUGACCCAGGCGGCAGCAGGGCAAGAUCUGAAGGUGGAUGUAAAGAUGAUUGACUUUGCCCACACCACACAUCAAGGCUUCAUGUCUGACAAGGUGCGCCACUCUGGUCCUGACACAGACUACAUCCAGGGGCUAGAGAACCUGGUCAAGUUGUUUCAGCAGUUGUUGCAGAGGGGCUGAUAUAGAAUACAUCCAGGGGCUAGAGAAUCUGGUCAAGUUGUUUCAGCAGUUGU